UAUAAAUAAUUAAAAAAUAUUAAGCGAAGAACCAUAAAACCAUAACAAAACCCUACCUUCUCUGCCUUCGCAAAUCUGUACUUGCCUUCUUUGCAGUUCGCCGGCGGCCUCUCUCUCUCUCUCUCUCUCUCUCUCACACACACACACACACAGAUGGGGCGUGUGCGCACCAAGACGGUGAAGAAAUCUUCUCGGCAGGUGAUCGAGAAGUACUACUCUCGCAUGACCCUGGAUUUCCACACCAACAAGAAGAUCCUCCAAGAAGUGGCCAUUAUCCCCUCCAAGCGCCUCCGAAACAAGAUCGCCGGCUUCUCCACCCACCUCAUGAAACGGAUCCAGAAGGGUUCUGUCCGAGGCAUCUCUCUCAAGCUCCAAGAAGAGGAGCGCGAGCGCCGCAUGGACUUCGUCCCAGAAAUCUCCGCCAUCCAGACCGACCAGAUUGAGGUCGAUAAGGAGACUAUCGACAUGCUUGCUUCACUCGGGAUGAGUGAGAUUCCCGGGCUUGUUAAGGUCGACCCGGUUGUGACCGCGCCCCAACCCGCUUUCCAACGGAGCGGGCCUGGUGGAGCCGGCAGGAGGUAUUGAUGUGGUUGGGUUGAAAUGGGGUUUUUGAGAAUGACCCACUUUUGAUUUUGUUAGAAGUGCAUUUUCAUUCAUCAUAAUCGUAGAGCCUGUUGGAACUAUUUUGGUUUUAUCGUUGUUGGGCACUCUUAGAUGGGGUUUAAGAAUGGAGAUUAUAGUUUCAUUUCAUAUUUGAUUGAAAUAUUGAACAAUUUUCUUUUCA